AUGGCCUGUAGUUGGUCGAGCGGAUGGCGAAGAAAUGAUAAUCCAAGAGAGACAACUGGGUCAAACAUAAAGACGGUUGUUGCGACGACAGCCACGAAAACGAAGACUGUGGUGACAAACGACAGAAAUGAAGACUUUGCGCUGGAAGAGUCUGAUAAACUGCUGGAAAUUGUCGACAAAAUGAUGGACGGAAAAGAUGUGGAAGACAUGAAGGAAAAAUGGGUGAAGAAAGCAAUCGAGAGGAAGAUGAUUCCAGCUGAAUUUACAUCGGAAGAAGGAUUUUGGCUUGAAAUCGAUAUUAUGGAUGGAGGAUGUAGGACUUCUCAUCAAUUUACGAAGGGACUGACAGAUCUUCAAGAAGUGUAUUGUUCUUUCAUUCAAGGAAUAGCGGGAAGUAGGAAAAAUUCCGAAUUUCUGAUGCUCUGGUUCCAGCCAUCCAAGCCUUCAGAUAUCAGCCAGAUGAUGACUAUCUUUCAUUCUCCACCAUUUCGUGGGAUCGUGUCGAGAAGCCGAUGCUUGCUUUCACUUGUGGCUUUUUAUGAAUGGGCUGGUGUAUGGAGCUCUCUAGGAUUUACUGGUGACCGGUCGAAGGACGGGAUCAACUUCUCAUCAUAUGUCAUUCGAAGUUUACAGAAACUUUUGAAUGGAGGGUCAUCAGGGGGUUCGGGAGAUAUCAUUCACCGUGGCCCCUGGUAUUUCCCAUUUAUCGGUGAGAAACAGAUGGCUUUUGAGGCAAAGUGGAAUCUGCUAAUUGUUUUGAUUACACCGGAAGAUAGGAGUGAAUCGAAAUAUCUGUGGAUCUUCCAGCGCAACAAGCCUGACGUAGUUCUCAGCAUUUCCUAUACGUCACGUCGAUCUUUCAAGAUUUCCACUGCGACUUCCCACUAUUUCGAGAAAUACGAGCAAAUGCAGUUGGGAAUUAUUCCAAAAGAUAAUACAACGAAAAUAGCAUCGGUGAAGAAGAAUGAAUGGACAUAUCAACGGAUUGUGGAACCGGAAAGAAAGGGGGAAACGCCGACCAUAUGGACGGCAAACUAUCGACCCUCAUUCGAUGAUAUCAAUUGUUUCGACUGUCUCAAGGGUCCUCUACCAGAUAUGUCUUAUUGCCAUGAAUUUAGUGAAAUUUGC